AAUAUUUCCUGGCCUGGAACUGGACCAGGAGAGAACCCAGGCGUCCUGGCUCCCAGCCCCCCUCCCCGCCUUCCCCUCGCCACAGCAUUUUGGGGUGAAUUCGCUGUUCUGGUGUCCCCGGUAGCCCCCGGGUCUCCCCAUCACACCCAGGCCAGGUCUGUCUGUCUGUCUGUCCGCCCAGCCCAGCCCCGCCCCUCUGGACUCGCCCCCCCCGCCGAUCCUCCGGCUGCUCAUCCCGCCAGGCGCGAUCCCUCCAGCUACUUGUUGCCGGCGAGAAGGGAGCAGGGCGCAUGCAUGUCCGGCCGGGGCGGGGGUCGGGACAAGGCCCCGGUGCCGAUCCGCGAGCACAUGGCCAUCGACGUGAGCCCAGGCCCCAUCCGCCCCAUCCGCCAGAUCUCCGACUACUUCCCCCGCCGCAGCCCUGGGGAGGGCCCCGCGCAGGACGGGGGGGGGCCCUGCCGCCCGCCCGCCCCCCUCGACACCCCCCUCGGCUCGGGGCCCGCAGAGCAGGGAUACGAGGCCGACAGCUAUGACUCGGAUGACACCACGGCUCUGGGGACCCUGGAGUUUGAUCUGCUCUAUGACCCCGAGAGCUGCACCCUGCACUGCACCAUCCUCCGGGCCAAGGGGCUGAAGCCAAUGGAUUUUAAUGGCCUGGCUGAUCCCUACGUCAAACUUCACCUGCUGCCGGGGGCCUGCAAGGCCAACAAGCUGAAGACGCGAACGCAGCGGAACACCCUGAACCCCGUGUGGAACGAGGGGCUGACGUACACGGGCAUCACGGGGGAGGAUAUGGCCCGGAAAACCCUGCGGGUCUCAGUCUGUGACGAGGACAAGCUGACCCAUAACGAGUUCAUCGGGGAGACCCGGGUGCCGCUCCGGCGCCUCAAGCCUGCCCAGAAGAAGCAUUUCAACAUCUGCCUGGAACCUCAGAUCCCGCUGGCCUCCCCGUCCGCCAUGUCGGCCGCACUGCGAGGAAUCUCCUGUUACCUCAGAGAGCUGGAACAGGCAGAGCAGUGGGAGCUGGAGGAGCGGGGUCGGAUCCUGCUGGCGCUGACGUACAGCUCCGAGCGCCGUGGGCUGCUGGUGGGAAUUCUGCGCUGCGCUCACCUGGCCGCCAUGGACGUCAACGGCUAUUCCGACCCCUACGUCAAAACGUACCUCAAACCAGACAUGGAGAAGAAAUCGAAGCACAAAACGAGCGUGAAGAAGAAAACGCUGAACCCUGAAUAUAACGAGGAAUUCCUCUACGAAAUCGCCCAGCCGGAGCUGGCGCAGAAAUGCCUGGAGAUCACAGUCUGGGACUACGACCUCGGGAAAUCCAACGACUUCAUCGGUGGCACGACCCUGGGCCUGGGCUCGCAGGGCGAGCGGCUGCGGCACUGGCUGCGCUGCCUGCAGACCCCCGACCAGCGCUGGGAGCAGUGGCACACGCUGACCAAUGAGCUCCCAGAAUCCUCGGCCUUCGCGCCCUGAUUGGCCCCGGGGCCCGCAGCUCCCUGCCUGCCUCUUAAAGGAGCAGGGCCCUUUGCACGAGGACUCUUGCAUGUUUACACGGGGGCAGGAAGAAACCCGCCCCCUCCGUGCUGUGUCUGUC